AUGUUGGAAACCAUAGACAAAAGCCGAGCGCUGCAGGCAGCUGAGCGCUUACAGGCCAAGCUGCGAGAACGAGGCGACGUGGCCAAUGAAGACAAGCUGAACCUCCUGAAGUCAGUCCUCCAGAGCCCGCUCUUCAGCCAGAUCGUGCACCUCCAGGCCUCCAUGCAGCACCUGGAUGACCAGGUAAACAGUGCAGCCCCUACGACUUUAAAUGUCGAAUACAGCCACACUCCACAUCUCAGCCCAGCUCUGGUUCCUGCCCUGCAGAAUGGACCAUUUGCCUUGUCCUCAAAUGGUGGGAAUGGAGAACCCGUGGGAUCUGGGGCUUCUCACCCCAGUGGGAGACCAGCCUGUGAAGACUUUGACCAGAUGAUCAAAAAUAUGGCCCAAGGCUGCCAUGUGGAAGUUUUCGAGCUCCUCAAACCCCAAAGUGGAGGCCUCGGGUUUAGUGUUGUGGGCCUGAGGAGUGAAAACAGGGCAGAAGUGGGCAUCUUUGUGCAGGAGAUACAGGUGGGCGGUGUGGCUCACAGAGAUGGAAGGCUAAAGGAAACCGAUCAGAUCCUUGCUCUCAAUGGGCAGGCACUUGACCAAACACUUACGCCCCAGCAGGCUGUCAGAAUCCUUCAGAAAGCCAAAGAGAAAGUCUAGCUCAUUAUCGCCAGAGGCUCCUUGCCGCAAGUCAUGGGCCCCGUGGUGUCCCGCUCUCCAUCUGCGGCCAGCACCAUCUUGGCUCACUCCAAUCCAGUUCACUGGCAGCACGUGGAGACCAUUGAACUGGUGAAUGAUGGAUCUGGUCUGGGAUUUGGCAUCGUAGGAGGAAAGACAACUGGCGUGAUAGUCAAAACUAUCCUGCCAGGGGGAGUAGCCAGUCAGCAUGGACGGCUGUGUAGUGGAGACCACAUUCUAAAGAUUGGAGACACCGAUCUCGCGGGAAUGAGCAGUGAGCAAGUUGCACAAGUCCUCAGGCAGUGUGGGAACAGAGUGAAGCUGGUGAUUGCCAGGGGAGCCGUAGAGGAAACCGCAGCUCCAGCCUCGUUGGGCGUCACUCUGCCCCAGCCCCCAUCUUCCUCACCAGAAAUGCGGGUCGAUGCUUCAACUCAGAAAAAUGAAGAAAGUGAGACAUUUGAUGUGGAACUCACGAAAAAUAGCCAAGGAUUAGGAAUUACCAUUGCAGGUUACAUUGGAGAUAAAAAACUAGAACCUUCAGGAAUCUUUGUAAAGAGCAUUACAAAAAGCAGCGCUGUUGAGCAUGAUGGAAGAAUCCAAAUUGGAGAUCAAAUUAUAGCAGUGGACGGCACAAACCUUCAGGGGUUCACUAACCAGCAAGCAGUGGAGGUGCUACGACACACAGGACAGACCGUGCACCUAACGCUGAUGAGGAGAGGCGGCCCAAGGCAGGAAGAUGAGCUCGCACCAGGAGAGGACAGCACAAAAGACGCGGUACCAUCACCUUCCAACUCCAGCACGAGCAAAGAAAAUUAUGAAAAAGAAGAGGAUUCUUUAUCUCUGAGGAGAAGCGCCAGCAUUUUACCAAUUGAAGAAGAACAAUAUCCAUUACUUGCUUCUGAAAUAGAAGAAAUAGAAGAUGAGAAAAAGCAGGAAGAUGCUCUUUUGACAAAGUGGCAAAGGAUUAUGGGAAUUAAUUAUGAAAUAGUGGUGGCCCACGUGAGCAAGUUCAGUGAGAACAGUGGUUUGGGGAUAAGUCUGGAAGCGACAGUGGGCCAUCAUUUUAUCCGAUCUGUUCUUCCAGAAGGACCUGUGGGUCACAGCAGGAAGCUGUUCAGUGGAGACGAGCUGUUGGAAGUGAAUGGCAUAACUUUGCUGGGGGAAAAUCACCAGGAUGUGGUCAAUAUUUUAAAGGAAUUGCCCAUCGAAGUGACAGUGGUGUGCUGUCGUCGAACUGUGCCACCCACCACCCACACAGAACAGGAGAGUCUGGACAUCUGUGAAAUUGAGCUGACAGAAAAGCCCCACGUCGACCUCGGCGAGUUCAUCGGGUCCUCGGAGACAGAGGAUCCUGCUCUGGCCAUGAGCGAUGCGGGUCAGAACACGGAGGACGUUCAAGGACCGCUGGCCAUGUGGGAGGCGGACAUUCAGCACAUAGAUCUGGAAAAAGGACACAAGGGGCUUGGCUUUAGCAUUUUAGAUUACCAGGAUCCGGUUGAUCCAGCCAGUACUGUGAUUGUAAUCCGCUCCUUGGUGCCUGGUGGUAUUGCUGAGAGAGAUGGACGCCUUCUUCCUGGGGACCGACUUAUGUUUGUCAAUGACAUUAACUUGGAGAACAGUAGUCUUGAAGAGGCUGUCCAGGCCCUGAAGGGGGCACCCUCUGGAACUGUGAGAAUAGGAGUGGCCAAACCUUUACCUCUUUCACCGGAAGAAGGCUAUGUUUCUGCUAAGGAUGAGUCCUUUCUCUACCGACCACGCUCCUGCCAGGAGGAGGGCCUGGCCGACCGAGCCUUCUUCAGGGCUGACCUUGCUCUGGUGGACACAAAUGAUGCUGACUUAGUGGAUGAAUCGACACUUGAGUCUCAGUAUUCACCUGAUAACGACAGUAUCUACUCUACUCAGACUUCUGUUUUAUCUCUUCAUGGAAGUACUUGUAGCGAUGGCCUGACCUAUGGCACCUCUCUUGCUUCCUCUCCUCCCAAGGAUGUUGCUGAAAACCCAGUGCUCGAUUUGCAUAUGUCCUUGGAGGAACUGGACGCCCCUCACCUCCUGCAGCCACCAGAGGAGAGUGUGCCUUCUGCGGACUUGAGUCCAAGGCCUGCUUCUGGCUUCGUCUUAAAUGAUUACGUGCCUGCAAACGCUUUGGAGCAACAGUACCAGUGUGAAGACGCAGCAGCGUGGGCCGACUCGCAGCUGCCCAGCGAGGUUCUGGCAAGUUCAGAGCUGUUUUCCUCCAUGCUCCCUGAUUCCCCUGGAAAGGACUCUGAGUACUUACAUGAACAGAACCCUCUGGUUUCCUCUACUGAGUGCGUCAUGCUCCAAAAUAUAUCCAAGGAAUCAUUUGAGAGGACUAUUACUAUAGCCAAAGGCAAUUCUAGUCUAGGGAUGACAGUGAGUGCUCAUAAGGAAGGCCUGGGGGUGAUUGUGCGAAGCAUUAUUCAUGGUGGAGCCAUUAGUCGGGAUGGCCGGGUCACCGUGGGCUCCUGCAUCUUGUCCAUUAAUGAAGAAUCGACCAUCAACUUAACCAAUGCCCAGGCACGAGCCAUGUUGAGAAGACAUUCUCUUAUUGGGCCUGACAUAAAGAUCACUUAUGUGCCUGCAGAACAUUUGGAAGAAUUCAGAAUAGGUUUGGAGCAACAAUCAGGAGGACUCAUGGCCCUGGACAUUUUUUCUUCAUACACUGGAAGGGACAUCCCAGAACUGCCGGAGCGAGAAGAAGGAGAGGGAGAAGAAAGUGAACUUCAGAAUGCGGCCUACAGCAACUGGAACCAGCCCCGGCGGGUUGAACUGUGGCGAGAACCAAGCAAAUCCCUGGGCAUCAGCAUUAUUGGUGGACGAGGGAUGGGGAGUCGACUGAGCAACGGGGAAGUGAUGAGGGGCAUUUUCAUCAAGCACGUUCUGGAAGACAGUCCGGCGGGCAAAAACGGAACCCUGAAGCCUGGAGAUAGGAUAGUAGAGGUGGAUGGAAUUGAUCUCAGAGACGCAAGCCAUGAGCAAGCUGUGGAAGCCAUUCGGAAAGCAGGCAGCCCUGUAGUGUUCAUGGUACAGAGCGUUAUAAGCAAACCAAGGAAAUCCCCUUUGCCUACCUUGCUGCCCAAGCUCUCCCCUAAAUUCAGCUUCAGCCGCACUAACCCAUUUGCUGACUCUCUGCAAUUCAGCGCCGACAAGGCAUCUGGGCAAUCAGAGUUGGAGCCAGAAAAGGCUCCGCUGUGCACCGCGCCUCUGCCCCCUCCGUCAGCAUCUGCAGAGAUGGGCAGUGAUCUUGCCCAGACAUCUGCCAGCAGAGACUCAGAAGAUGUGGACAAGGAGGAUGAGUUUGGCUACAGUUGGAAAAAUAUCAGAGAGCGUUAUGGAACGCUGGUGGGCGAACUUCAUAUGAUUGAAUUGGAGAAAGGGCGUAGUGGCUUGGGACUAAGCCUUGCCGGAAACAAAGACCGGUCCCGGAUGAGUGUCUUUAUAGUAGGGAUUGAUCCCAAUGGCGCUGCUGGAAAAGAUGGCAGAUUGCAGGUCGCCGAUGAGCUGCUAGAGAUCAAUGGUCAGAUAUUAUAUGGACGAAGCCAUCAGAAUGCCUCAUCUAUCAUCAAAUGUGCCCCUUCCAAAGUGAAAAUCAUUUUCAUCCGAAAUAAAGAUGCAGUGAAUCAGAUGGCUGUGUGUCCUGGAAGUGUGGCAGAACCUGUGCCGGUCCCCUCCGAGAACGCCCAGAAUAAGGAGGCUGACUUAAGUGCUGCUACAGCGGACCUGGCAGGCGACCUCAGUUCAUUUACAAACGUGCAACACCUGGAGCUUCCCAAGGAUCAAGGGGGUCUGGGCAUUGCUAUCAGUGAAGAAGACACACUUAACGGAGUCGUCAUUAAGAGUCUAACCGAGCACGGGGUAGCAGCCAAGGAUGGACGCCUCAAAGUUGGAGACCAGAUUUUGGCUGUUGAUGAUGAAGUUGUUGUUGGGUAUCCUGUUGAAAAGUUCAUUGGUCUUCUGAAGACAGCAAACACCACUGUGAAACUUACCGUGUGUGCUGAGAGUCCAGAACCCCAGACUGUCCCGUCAGCAGCUGGUUCAGGGAGCGGGGAGAAAAAGAACAGCUCCCAGUCUCUGACGGUCCCGCCUUCCAGCUCCCCAGAACCAGAGUCUAUCCGAAGUGUGAGCAGGUCAUCAACACCAGCAAUCUUUGCUUCUGAUCCUGCCACCUGCCCCAUUAUCCCCGGCUGUGAGACAACUAUUGAGAUUUCCAAAGGGCGGACGGGGCUGGGCCUGAGCAUUGUUGGGGGUUCGGACACACUGCUGGGUGCCAUCAUCAUCCACGAAGUCUAUGAGGAAGGAGCAGCGUGUAAGGAUGGAAGGCUCUGGGCUGGAGAUCAGAUCUUAGAGGUGAAUGGAAUCGACCUGAGAAAGGCCACCCACGAUGAAGCCAUAAACGUGCUGAGGCAAACCCCGCAGAGGGUACGCCUGACACUCUACAGAGAUGAGACCCCGUACAAAGAAGAGGACGUGUAUGACACCCUCACUAUCGAGCUGCAGAAGAAGCCGGGGAAAGGCCUGGGAUUAAGUAUCGUUGGGAAGAGAAAUGACAGUGGCGUGUUUGUGUCAGAUAUUGUCAAAGGAGGAAUUGCUGACGCUGAUGGCAGGCUGAUGCAGGGGGACCAGAUACUCCUUGUCAAUGGGGAAGACGUCCGCAAUGCCACCCAGGAAGCUGUCGCUGCUUUGCUGAAGAUGAGUGAAAGCAGCCUGUCAUCCUUCACGUUCCCACUGUCUGGAUCCAGUAACUCCGAAUCCCUGGAGAGCACAUCGAAGAAGAAUGCUUUGGCUUCUGAAAUACAAGGAUUAAGAACAGUUGAAAUUAAAAAGGGACCCUCUGACUCAUUAGGGAUCAGCAUUGCUGGAGGAGUGGGCAGCCCCCUUGGAGAUGUUCCUAUAUUUAUUGCCAUGAUGCAUCCGAAUGGAGUCGCCGCUCAGACCCAGAAACUCAGAGUUGGGGACAGGAUUGUCACCAUCUGUGGCACAUCAACUGACGGGAUGACUCACACCCAAGCAGUGAACUUACUGAAAACCGCCCCCGGCCCCAUUGAAAUGCAGGUGGUGGCUGGAGGAGAGGUGAGCGUGGUCACAGGCCUGCACCAGGAGCCUGCCAGUUCUGGUCUGUCCCUCACAGGUCUGACGUCGAGCAGUAUAUUUCAGGACGAUUUAGGACCGCCUCAGUGCAAGUCCAUCACACUGGACCGAGGACCAGAUGGCUUGGGCUUCAGCAUAGUAGGGGGCUACGGCAGCCCGCACGGAGACCUGCCCAUUUAUGUGAAAACCGUGUUUGCAAAGGGCGCAGCCUCCGAAGACGGGCGUCUCAAGAGGGGCGAUCAGAUCAUCGCCGUCAAUGGGCAGAGUCUCGAAGGCGUGACCCACGAGGAAGCCGUUGCCAUCCUUAAGCGGACAAAAGGCACUGUCACUCUGAUGGUUCUCUCAUGA